AUGGGUAGAACAAAAAAUCGUGCAAUUGCUCAAAAAUCGACUGUUAAACAACAAAAAAGUAAUAUAAAACCAAAAGCAGUUAAAACCAAUUUGAAACGAUUAAAUGAACGAUUAAGAGAUAAUGUUAAACAAGUUGAUAAAUUAUAUGAAGAUCAAACUAAGACACAAGAAAAAAUGGAAACAGUUAAAGAAGAUCCGACACCAGCAUCUACAUCAACAACAGCAAAAGCUAAAUAA